UUGCACUAUUGGUGUUGGAUACUGGGUGCAUUUCACGGUUUUAUCACCUUUGCUGCAUACUCUAAGUUCCAGACUGAAUCCAAGCAAAAGUAUAGGUGGAGAUGCUAAUAUUGAUCACUUGAUGCCCUGUCAUUGUUUCCAACGCGGGACAAUUAUCUCUGAUUGAAAGUUGAACAUAAAGAAGUGACGUUUCGACAGUUGCGUUUCUCACCAUAAAUGUAACUCAAUACGUCUUACUCAUCCACUUCCAAGUUUCGGUUUCUAGUUUGCCUCAUCUCUUCCCUGGAAAUCGCUGCCCAUUGUCAGUUGUGUUUUAUUACUAAGUGUAAGUACAUCUUGGCUUUCUGAGUCCUUGGCUUACGUUUUUCCCUCAUCUCUUCCACAUUCUCGUAGGCACUUGUAGACCCACACUUCUCAGCCUCACCCUGCAGAAGCAUACCUACAGGCUAGACCAAAAUUCACUGACAGUUGGUCGUUAUACAAGUCUUCCUUCAGAGAGAAAAAUGGGUGGAAGUAUGACUAAAGUAUUACCUGGUUUAUACAUCGGAGGUUUUGAUAAUGCUAAAAAUGAAGAGGAAUUAAUAGCGAAUUGUAUAUCACAUAUUCUUAUUGUUCAGAAUUCAAAGAAUGAUAUUGAAAGAUCACUCAGCCGUAAAUACUUACAAAUUAUUGUCAAUGAAAAAUUGGAGAAUAGUUUAUUGAAACAAAUUCAAUUGUCCAAUGAUUUUAUUCAUCGUGCUCGGUUAGAUAAUGGAAAUAUAUUAGUGUGCAGUGAUUCAGGCAUGUCAGCUAAUGUUGCUGUUGUUACUGCCUAUUUGAUGACAAUUUACUCAUUAGAUUAUUAUUCAGCUAUUGGAGCUUUAAGAGGUCUACGAUUUGGUGCACAUCCAGUGGAACCAUUACAACGACAAUUAUUAGAAUUUGAUAGUAUAUCUACUGACAAAGAUGCAAAAAAGUGUAUUAAAUCUGACCGAGAACAAUAUCAACCUUUAGAAUAUAAAACAAUUUAUCGUUUUCCAACAAAUUUAAUUAUUACCUCAGGAACAGAACGAGAAAGACUAAUUUCAAUCUAUGGUAAUUGGCCAUGUAUUGAGGAGGACUUACAAAUUCUGCAUGAUGCCUUAAAUUCUUACCUGAAUUCCACUGAAGAAUCAGAAUUUCUAUUCAGUAGUUAUGAAAAAACAGAGGAUGAAGCAACUAAGAAGGCGGAGAAAAGUUUACCAGAAUCGGACCUUAUUAUUACCGAACCAAAAGUCGUUGCAAAUACUGAAGAUGGCGAUAACAGUAAUAAUACUAAUGAUAACACUAACAUUAUGUCUCAUGCUUCUCUUUCAUCUCCUGGUCUGGCUGCAUAUGACACCAAUAACACAAACGUAUAUUCAAAAGAUUUUGAAAAAUCUGACUCAACACCCUUGGUCAGUGUAAAAGAAGAUAUUCCGGCUAAAAAGAGUCUGGAUAGUCGAACACUUGCAACUACACCGACGAAUGAUGCCUUUGGGAUAUCAGAUAUGAUCCAAGAAAAUUCUUCAAAAUCCGCUUUGAAUGAAACUGAUAUAUUUGGUGUAGAUCCCGCGCAGAUGAGUCUUAUUGACAGUCAGUUAAAUGAAAAUUGGGACAGAACCUCUCAAGUUAGUUCAUCUGUUGACAGUGAGAAUUCUGUUGAAAUUGGUCUGGAAGCAAAAGACGAUAUAGAAGAUAAUGUACCUGGAGCUAUUGAAAUUCCAAGUGUUGGUAAUAGUACUACUAGUAGUAGUAAUUAUGAAGCACGUAGUAACCGUGGAGCAGCUCAUACCUACAGUCAUCAUUAUGGCCUAUCAGAUUUUAACCGAAGUGAACAUAUUACUACUGCUCAUAGUUUAUUUCCUACACAUCAUAAUAUGAUGCAUCAACAGAUGUUACCUACAAAUACUUCUAUGUGGAAUCCUUUUAAUUAUGCUCAAAGUGGAUCAAUGCAGAACUUUAAUCUUUCAUCUACUGCGCCAACAUGUGACAUUUUCUCAAACUUAAUGUUUCCUAGGCUUUUUCCCCCAUCUGUUUUCCUUUCUUACUAAUCUUAACCACAGUCGAAUAUGUUUCUUCUGUUGUGUAAACAGUUGAAAUGCUGACAUCAAAUAAACAAUUCUCUAUUGUUAUACCUAAUGUUUACCUGUCUCCUGUGAAUUUGCUUUGCUUUUCAUUGUUUUUUGUUGUUGUGUGAAUUGAACACUGCAAGAUGUGUCCUACAUGAACACCCCAUAUCAACCGUUUAAACUUCAUAACCAGAUGACUGAAGCUUAGAAUUAAAUUGUGUUUUCAAGUAACUGCCUAAAAUUUUAAUACAUAUAUCUAAUUUGUUUGUAAAUAAAAUAAAUAUUCAUGCCUUGUCUCCUUCUCAUCAUCAACCUUAUUGUUUUUCUUAAAAACGAUGGUUACGUGUAGUGUUAAUUUUGUGUUCAUCUUGAUAGCUGGUAGUGGAAUCCAGGACAUACGCUUCGUCCUAUCUGGGACUCGUC